UGUCCGUCGUUGCCCUGGCCGAUAGAAACCGGUAUUCACUCCCAAGAUUUGGUAACACGAUGCUAAGUUUAGGCUCUGUACAAACCUUACUCUUGCGACGUAAAAAUUUUGCACAAGUGAUAAUGUGUCCGUGUGUACCUCGACUGUGGUGUUACAUGUGAUUCAGAAAACAAGAGCUGUGGAAAUAUUUAGUUGUGGGACAUUGUGAUACGUGAAACUAAAAAUGAAACAAAAAAUAUUCGACUUUGAGAAAACAGGAGAAUUUUUGUUGUUGUUUUCUUGCUUUGUUUUUGUCAUCAGCCAAAGGGGAACUUAUUUGAUGGAUUUCUGAACCAAACCACAAACACCUCUCUCUCUCUCGGCCAGUUAUGAGGGCGGUAGUUCCUUGGAGGUUGUCAUAUCCAAGACAACAUGGCGUCCAUCCCACAAACACUGCAGAUGACUAAGGCGCAGCGUCAACAGAAGCACUUCACCAACAACACGCGCGACUCUUACUUCGACAGGACAGGGGGUGAGCAGCCAAUGCGUUACAGCAGCAAGUUGAUGAACAGUAUCUGGGGCCAGUACAACGAGAACUCCGUCCAUAACUUUAAGUCUCUUCAGUGUGGCGGUGUGGCGGCCCCCGAGUUCCAGGAUGCCCAGCAGCACGUACAGGAGUCACCUCUCAAUACCAGGAAGGUGAUAAGUCAGCGUCUGGGAGAACUGGGACAGGCAGUGGCCGCCAACUUUAUGGACAACCUGCAUCAGUACUAAAGGAGCAGCGCCCUCCAGCACCCUGCAGACCUGCCCCCCACCCCCCACCUCGUGUCUGCUGCCCGCAACCUCUACACCUGACUCCACCUCAACAGCAUCGUCCUCAACAUCCCUAAGAACUAUGAUGACAUUUUAGUCAGUUGUAUUCACACUAUUUCAGAGUUAGAGAUUAAAGCAUCGUCUCUUUCUUUACCAGACUUUGCAUUCAUUUUUCUUUAGCGUCAAUAUUAACUCUGUCGACCUAUGUGUACCUGAACAAACAUCUGGGCCGACAUUAUCCUAUCCAUAUUAUAUCAGGUGAAGGUUGUGGGUGUGUAGCAAGGCAGGCCAUGUACACACGACCGCCGCUCUUACCCUGAUCCCAACCUCAGCUCUGGACUAUGAUGCUCAGAAAGACUGGAAGACAAAGCAACACCAAAUACUAUUACACGCUCGGGUCACUGCCAUGGAAUAUUCUUACGAUAUUAACCAAAGUAAGAAUUCACUCGAUUGCAUAUCUUAUAGAAUUGUAUCGAUGUUUAAUCUUAACUUAUAAACAAUAUAGUUUUACAUGUAGUUUCUGUAUAGGUAGAUUGAUGCCGGUUAUCAUACGUGGUAAUAAUAUUUGACGACAGAUAUUAAAUACACUCACUAAAGGGAUUCCACUGCGGUUUUUGAGUGUAAUAGAAUUUGUGGUUGGUGAUGAUAAGUCUUAAAGGAGCGGAGACACGCUCACACACACACAACACAACACAACACACAGAGUUAUUGUUGAGAACAGGGGUGUGGCGGUCGAGCUGCCCACCCUGCCAGCAGUGUGGUCAGCCCCGGGCACGGAAGGGACCACAAACAAACUCUUGACACCAGAAGUCACUUAAGACGUAGCACAACGUAAAGAAAAGUCAACUGAGUAACCCUGAACUUAACCCUUUUUACAUCACGCUUAGUAGGUUCAGUUCUGCUGUCGGAUUAAUUUCAGUAUAGCAGAAUUCAAUGAAACGAUUCACCCGAGUUCUCUUAAAUGUGCUACGCUACGACCCAGACGGUUUAUUUUUGGUCUCUUCCCGUGGCACCACCUCUACUACAUACCUGAUGCAGAGAAUAUAGAAAAAACAAAAAUAUUGAUAACGGAAUGACAAGGAGACUAUGUAUUAUCCACCUUGCAGGAGAGACGGCUUAUUUAUUGGUACUUGUUAGACAGGCAUACUGUAACGCUGAGGACCGUGUAGGAGGGAGGGGAGGGCUGGGCUGGGCUGGGCUGGAGUAUUCGAACGAUCUCGGAGAACCACUACAGUGAACUUUUCACAACUUAUGUUUGUUAGUUUUUUAUAAUGCCAUCAUGAAGCAAAAACUAAUGGUGUUUGACAUACAGAUGAGGUAAGCACAACACCGAACCUCUGACGUAAUCACUGUUAAAGAAGUCACACACAAAAAAAGGUUAAAACUUCUUGUCUUAGGUCCUGCAGUAACUUGGUCCUCUCGUUCAUCUUAACUCGGCUUGUUGUUAACGCUUUACAAUGUAUCAGUUAUGUCGCACAUACAACGAAAUAAAGUUUAUUGUGUAAUUUUCUUGCUGAGGUAUUUGCUUGUGAAGGGGCCGAUGGACAAUUAUUUAGUGGUGACCCCUUCACCUUGUGGCUGUUGUUGCCGUGUAUACGAAUAUAGGUGUAUUCUUUCAUCUGUCCAUACAUCUCUUGCUCUCCACAGUCUCCUCUUUCUCAUUAGUCUUCUGAAAUCAUCUUUCUCCAUAAUCUUCCUUCUUCCCUUUCUUGUUUCUUCUUACUACGAGAGAAACUAUACAAAAACUUAAAAAGUAAGUCCGAAUAAUAACGGUAAGUACGGACGCUGUAGAAUCUGAACCUAUAUAUCCUGUAUUGGUACAAAGUUUUAGCAUUUGUUGAAGUUUAAUUAUUAUACUAGAUCUUUUUCUCACUUGGUAAACGAUUUGUGUAAUCUCGGAAUAAAAUAUUGGAAUUUA